CGCGCAUCCCAGCUCCUACCCCCGCCGUCGCUAGGAGACGCCGGAAGUGGGGGAGGGGCCGGCGGCGCUGGCGAGGGUGGGAAUCUUUUUCGGGCUCCCGGGGGCGGAGGGAGGGGAGCGCGCGUGCGCGCCCCCGGCCGGCCGUCGCCGCGGUGACCGUCCUAGCAGUCCGUCGGCUCGCGCCCCGCCCCCGUCGCCCCCUCCCCUGUCGCGCGCUGGGGCUGUUUCUCGCUCCUCCCAAGUUACCGCCGCCGUCGCCACCGCUCCUCCUCUCCCGGUCCUGGGUUUCUCUGGCGCUGCGGCCGCCGCUCCCUCUGCGAGCUGUGUGAGGAGGAGGAGGAGGAGGAGGAGGAUGUGAAGAUGGCGGAGUUGCAGAUGCUGCUGGAAGAGGAAAUCCCGGGGGGCCGCCGGGCCCUCUUCGACAGCUACACGAAUCUGGAACGGGUGGCGGAUUACUGCGAGAACAACUACAUCCAGUCAGCAGAUAAGCAGAGAGCCCUAGAAGAAACCAAAGCCUAUACCACCCAAUCCUUAGCAAGUGUUGCCUAUCUGAUAAACACCUUGGCCAACAAUGUCCUGCAGAUGCUGGAUAUCCAGGCAUCCCAGCUACGAAGGAUGGAAUCUUCAAUCAAUCAUAUUUCACAAACAGUUGAUAUUCAUAAAGAGAAAGUUGCAAGAAGAGAAAUUGGUAUUUUGACUACCAAUAAAAACACUUCAAGGACGCAUAAGAUUAUUGCUCCAGCCAACCUUGAACGACCAGUUCGUUAUAUUAGAAAACCUAUUGACUAUACAAUUCUAGAUGAUAUUGGACAUGGAGUAAAGGUGAGUACCCAGAACAUGAAGAUGGGUGGGCUGCCACGUACCACACCUCCAACUCAGAAGCCCCCUAGUCCCCCUAUGUCAGGGAAAGGGACACUUGGGCGGCACUCCCCCUAUCGCACACUGGAGCCAGUGCGUCCUCCAGUGGUACCAAAUGAUUACGUACCUAGCCCAACCCGUAAUAUGGCUCCCUCGCAGCAGAGCCCUGUGAGGACAGCUUCUGUGAAUCAAAGAAAUCGAACUUACAGCAGCAGUGGGAGUAGUGGAGGGAGCCACCCAAGUAGUCGGAGCAGCAGUCGAGAGAACAGUGGAAGUGGUAGUGUGGGGGUUCCUAUUGCUGUUCCUACUCCAUCUCCUCCCAGUGUCUUUCCAGGUCAUCCUGUACAGUUUUACAGCAUGAAUAGGCCUGCCUCUCGCCAUACUCCCCCAACAAUAGGGGGCUCGUUGCCCUAUAGACGCCCUCCUUCCAUCACUUCACAAACAAGCCUUCAGAAUCAGAUGAAUGGAGGACCUUUUUAUAGCCAGAAUCCAGUAUCUCUUGCUCCUCCUCCUCCCUCCAUCCUACAGGUAACUCCUCAGUUACCUUUAAUGGGAUUUGUGGCCAGAGUCCAAGAAAAUAUUUCAGAUGCGCCACCUCCACCGCCUCCUGUGGAAGAACCAGUCUUUGAUGAGUCUCCCCCACCUCCUCCUCCCCCAGAAGAUUACGAAGAGGAGGAAGCUGCUGUGGUUGAGUAUAGUGAUCCUUAUGCUGAAGAGGACCCGCCGUGGGCUCCACGUUCUUACUUGGAAAAGGUUGUGGCAAUUUAUGACUAUACAAAAGACAAGGAAGAUGAGCUGUCCUUUCAGGAAGGAGCCAUUAUUUAUGUCAUCAAGAAGAAUGACGAUGGUUGGUAUGAGGGAGUUAUGAAUGGAGUGACUGGGCUUUUUCCUGGGAAUUAUGUUGAGUCUAUCAUGCAUUAUUCUGAGUAAAGCUCGGCAGGGCUGUGCUUGCCUCACAGAAAUAGUCAGGUCUUCCCAGAUUAUCUGAAGGCCCUGGGGAUUCCACUCCAGUAAAGUAGAAUGAAGGAUACAAAUGAUAAAGAUUACACUUUCUUUUGGUUUAUCCCCCAGUAUUAAAAACAAAAAAAGCAAGCUGAGUCUGAACAAAUGGAUCUUUCUGACAUCCUUUGUACAAUGCUGAGCUGUCUGGAUUGAAAUAACCAUUUUUGUAUAUGUCAAAGGUAUAACAACAUAACUGUGUAGCCAAAACAAAAUCAGAUUAAGACUGAUUCAGAAAAAUCUGGGAUCUUUCUCAGGAAUACUGUAUACCCUUGGGAUUUCUCCUCCUGCAGAAUCUGUGGCAUUGGAUGUUCUUCAUUGCCUGUGCUAAGGGGUUAACCUCAUGGCCCAGUGGGUACCCUAGCCCCUCCUUUUCUUCCACUAUAUGAAGAGGAGGGAACCAAUAUUUAAAUACCACACUUAACCAUUUUUACAAUUAUUUCAGAUGGCUUUUUUCCUCUGUAACACUGUAAAUUCUGCAUUCUCUCAGCACUUGAGCGCACCAAAUGAGUGAAUGCUGAACUCACUUGCAUCCUUUCAUGUUUCUCAGUUUGUGGAUUAUAAGGAUGAUGAAAUGUGAAAGUCUCCCAACACUCUAAGGGUAGUGAAUGAUUGCCACCCGUUUGAUUUUAAUGUGCUGCUGCAUGAGACUGUAUUGUUGCUAAUGGCCAGUGUACCCCGAUGUGAAGUGUGGUAUUCUGGUUCAAGUGUGGAGGUGGGUAUGUGAAGCUAGACGUGAAGGCCCCUAAAGUUCUGAAGAGACUUGAACUGUGGAAAUGCUCUUAGCAGGCAUCCUGAACCCCUGCCUUCGGUGCUGUUUUGAGGAGUAGGAUCUUGGAGUUCAGACCAACUGACUAUCAUUUCUUUCACUAUUUAGAAAAACGCUCUUCUACUUUGGAAGAGAAGAGUAGUUAUUUUCAAGUCUCUUGACAGUCACUGGGAGUAACAGGUUUGCUAAUGUGCUCUCUGGACAUUAUUAAUGGCCAGUAUUAGUUGCUGCUGUAUCGUUGACUCGCUUAGCUAUAGAAAAGGUAAUUCUCUCCUGAUUUUGUAUGAUUGGACUCUUAAGUAGCUGCUGUUAGUCAGAAUUCAAACCCAUCUCAGACUAAGAAUAUAAUGAAUAAGAUUAAUAGGCCGAAAUAUGUAUCUAAUCACAUUGCUAAAAAUUAAUGUAACUUUGAAACAAUAAAACACAUUUCCCCCAUCUGUACAACAAAUACAGCUUCAAAUUCAAUGGAGUCUAUAGGGCACAUGGCUUUAAUCAUCACUACUGUAGUCAGUAUAAGAAAUAUUGAAAAAAAUCCAGGGGGGCUUGUCUCUUCGUAGGUGGUCACUGUGAUGGUGGGCCAGCUCCUGUUCAGGUCCAGAGCUCGUAACGUGGUUUCUACUCAGUCCCAGUGACUUCACCAGAAUAGAGCUUUGUCAGGUGGCAGUUACCUGAUAGCUGGAUAUAUUUCAAAUGAGGUCUUGAACAAAUUCAGAAAGAGUAACUUGAUUGAAAAAUGAACAAGUGUAGUAGUGUGUGAGGAAAUUCAGAUGGUGUAGGAGGCAGAAGUUAAUAUUCCACUUAUACAUGUUAUCUGAGCAUAAAAAAUCAUCAGCCUUUAACUGAGACCCCGCUAUAGAGUCUCCUUAUCAAGACUUUUUGGUUUUAAAGUUGUUUUUAACGCAUUGCAAGUUAAAAUAGCUAUUUUGCUUUUAGAUUUUUCCAAGCACUUUGUAUUUAUUAGCUUUCAUUAACUUGCCUCCAGUAUACAUUCCACUUCAUGCUUUUUCUUAGGUCAUUUCUACAUCCCUUAUUCCUUGUUUUCCUGCAGUGUAAUGGCCCUGAAUGUCCUCUGAGCCCUUAACUUCAUUUUGGACCCAAACUAGACUAUACUUAGAUAAGUUAAGCUCUUCUUAGUGUACUGGUCUAUAACUAGAAAAACUGUUUUGAAAUUAGAUGUUCCCAUUAUUUAUUUAAACAGCUUUUUUGCUGAGAAAGCUUAGUGGAUUAAUGAGGCAGAGGGUGUUUUGAAAUCCAACAGAUAGUUCCCACAGGCUGGGCGUGGUGGCUCACGCCUGUAAUCCUAGCACUUUGGGAGGCCGAGGCGGGUGGAUCAUGAGGUCAAUAAAUUGAGACCAUCCUAGCCAACAUGGGGAAACCCUGUCUCUACGAAAAAUACAAAAAUUAGCUGGGUGUGGUGGUGCACACCUGUAGUCCCAGCUACUCGGGAGGCUGAGGUAGGAGAAUCGCUUAAACCCGGGAGACGGAGGUUGCAGUGAUCCGAGAUUGUGCCACUGCACUCCAGCCUGGUGACAGAGCGAGACUCCAUCCGAAAAAAAAAAAAAGUUCCCACAGCUCACCACUACAGAAGCAGAGAAGACAACUAUGCAGAAAACAGAGUUGGUGGCAGUCAGCGGGAAUGCAGCUGGUCUGUUGGACCCCUGCUGGAUGGGGGGAGUGCAGAAGACACUGGUGAAGUCCUUUAUACUGAAGACCUGCGGUUGGGAGCAGGGGGAGUCCAUGGGUCUGCUGAUUUUUUUUCCCUAUUUAGUACUAAUGUGUGUGUGAUCUUUGUUUUACAAACAAUACCUUUUGGGUUUUCUGCAUAUUUUAAAAUUUUUGUACAGUUUUGAAUUCUAUAGAUUGUCUUGGAAGGAUACUGUGUGAUGGGCCAGGUGCACAGUAAUUGGAGACUUUUGAUGUAUGUAGUAUUUCAUAGAUUGCAUGCUAUUAAUCGUCUGUGAGGGUAGUAGUUUUUGUUUUAUUGUAAGUUUCCCUCUGUUUUUAUAAAUUAAAAGAUGGUUAGUAUUAGGAAUUUCAAAUGAAUGCAGAAAAUCUUACAUGCUGUGUACUAUUAAUAUACAAUCCAAGUCUAAAAUCUGACCAAUAAAGCAACCAUUUUAUCAGGAUAGAGGGAAUCUAAUGGGAGAGGGGAAUCUUCCCUCCUGAAGUUUGUGUGUCCAAUCCCCUUUAAAAAAAAAAAAAAAAAAAAAAGGUUGUCUCUUUAUUUUGUCAUAUUAAUACUCGAAAGUCCAUGGGGAUAUUAAUGAAAAUACACUUUAUUGUUGCCUUUGACCUUAUGGCCAAAGCAAUAAAUCAGAAACAGAAAUAGUGCCAACGUGUCAAAAUCUGAUUCAGCCUGCCGUUUGGAAUAAAUAUGAAUCUUCUAAGCUAUCUUGUUUAAUAUUUUCCAUCAUUUAGCUACUUGCUUUCAAUCUCCCUCGGAGGCGCCUGCUGUUCCCAUUUUAGGGUUGACAAUGGCCUGCUAAUUUAGCUGUGUUCCUACAUGUUACCGGGUGUGAGACAUUUUCAUCCCCUCCUUUUUCCUACUGCUGGUGUCUAUUAUCCGGCUAGAGAAUAUUUUAUGCAUCUUUACCAUGAUGUCUGGACUGUAUCUGCGCUCCUUGGCAGCUUAGUUGUUGAAGAUAAAGAUAACUAAAGAUUUUUCUCUUUGGGAGGGAGGCAUCAAAAUGAUGGUAGUUUGCUUUUAUCUUAUGUUCAUUUUCUUUUAGUAGGUGACAUUUCUGCAUUAAGAACUGUUUUUAUCUUUUACUACCUUUUCUUUUCUCCUUUGUGGAGAGAGCAUGACAUGUCCUGAAGGUCACCUUUGCCUUUGAAAAAGGUAUUGAUGGAGGAAUUUGCAGGUGACUGACAAGCCUUUGAAAAGAAUGGGAUCUGUUCACUUCUGGUCUUUUUGGCCAGGAACUCCUGAUUGGUGUUAAGGUGACAGUUUCUCCCAUAUGAUCUAGAAUCACUGAAUUUCAGCUAGAUGAGAUUUUAAAAUUUCUGGUUGUCUCAUUAGACUGAUGAGGUGAGUUUUCUUCUUCAUAUGAACAGCUAGUUAAGAAUUCUCACUCAGUGCUCAGUGCUCAGUUUUCCACUGCACCACAACUGUCUUAACUAAAUGUGCUAUAUUUUUCUUUAAAAGUUAAAGAGUUCUAGUUGAUGUUUUCAGGAAUAUACUUGAAAAGACAUGCCAUGUUUUGGUAAAUACCAUGAGUUGUGUAAAGGCGUGUACUAAUUUGUGGAAAAAAUCUUCAUUUAUCCCUCCUAAAACUACACUCAGUAUAAACACUUUCCCAUAAGGUGUGUGCAGUAAAAAUGUUAUAUUAAUUCAACACUGGCAGGAGCACGGCACAGCAGCCUUAUUGGAGAGAGCCUUAUAAAAGUGAUUAAAUGGAGGCAUCUAGCUCAUUACCUUUAAGUUUACUUUGUGCUGACCUUUGUUCCUAUUUUAUUGAGAAUCUCAUAAUUCUAAAAAAAAAAAAAAUUACAACAAAACGACAGGGCCUAGCUGUGUAUAAAUGAUCCUUGCUGAAUAUCUUAAGGUUUUUUUGUAAAAAAAAAUAAAAAUAAAAAAAAAAAAAUAAAACCAACAAAAAAAGCUUAUUUUCACAUUAAAAUGAAACCUCUUUUGCAAGUUAAGAGCUCUAUGGAAAAGCAGUUUUUAUCACAUUUUGUGUCCAUGCACCAUAUUUCUUAAAAUGGCUUACAAAACAGAAUGUAAACAGUUUGUGAUCUGGCCAGUUGUACUUUUAGCUUCCAGAGGGAGAGUUGGUGGUAUUAUGAGUUGAGUGAAAACCACCCAGGGGAACUUGAGGGAGCAGUCUGUUGCCAGUAAUGUUCCUUGUGUGCCAUUAAACACCUCCAGAUGAGCGGAGGAACAUCACUUUUUAAUUUUUUAAUUGUAUUUGGAAUUGUUGCCGUGUACUAAGAACUUGACCUAAAUAAAAUCCCACAAAGUAUA